CUGAUAUACUUGCUACGAUGGGUAUAAUAAGACGGGGUUAUUGACUGACUUGAACGAAAAGUGUUUAGUAUUCAGUAAAUUAAAGAGAAUUCAUGAAAAUCAUGAUCAUCCACGAGAAAUUAUGUAUUCGAAAUAAAGAAGCCACUGGAGCAUUUCUAUUCCAGUUGUUUCGUUUUUAAAUGAACAAAAGCAAAAAUAUUCCAAGUUCAUUAAAAGCGUUCAGUGACAGAACUGCCCGCAACGAAAUGUGAAAUUUUGAUAAUUGGUUUUUGUAAAAAAAAAAAAAUAAAAAAAAGUGCCGGAAAAAAUGUUUCAUUGUAAAUAUCUUUUAAAAACUCUUUGGAUUUCCUUAGUAUGGUUUAAUAUUACAUCAUGGACUAAUGCUUUAUCGGUGGAUAAUCAAUUGGUAUCGGCUAGAAAUGAUUGUUUCGAGCGUGUCGCUUUGGAGGCAAUGUUACCGUUCGAAAAAGCAUUUCGUACCGAAGACAUUAAUUCAUUAAGAGUAUGUAAAGAGAGAUGCAUUCAAGCAGGUGAUAAAUGCCAAUCUAUAGCAUUUGGAGUACAUCGUCGUGGUAACGGUACUUGUCAGCUAUCUGAAGAAUUAUUCGGAACUAAUAGUGAUUUUGGGAACGGUGAUGGUGCCAGACCAAGUGGCGUUAUCUUCGAUCCCGAUUUCGAUUUAUAUGCGCGCAAAACAAAUUGUUUUGACUUUAAUGACAAUACCAUCGUAGAUCAGGAGCGUCAAGAUGUGAGCGACGACUCAAAGACAAGUUUGGUGCCUACAACGUCACCCGUAUUUCCCGCCAAACAUGAACCUGAAAGUACUUCAGUGUUACUAGUAAAUCCCACGCCUAGUAUAACUACUCUCACGACCGCUGAAGUCGCGCCUGAGUAUCCCAUACCUACAGCAGCGGGUUUCGAAGAUAAUAGGCCUGACACCUUUGCAACAACAUCAUCAGCAUCAGCAUCUAACAAUGGCGAUCAUUUGCACUUCUCUAACGACAUGUAUCCAUUAUAUAAAUAUCCAAUGCUUUAUGAGCCAAAUUAUCCAGCUCCUAACGGAGAAACAUAUACACCAGGUGUUUAUGCUGCCAAUGCCCCUGAAGUCGAUAUAUACAAUAGGCCUUCUGUUGCGAUGGACUUAUCUCACGACAACAUGACAAUUAUUCGUCCUCCACCAAAGCCAAUGUUUGGUUCAGGUUAUGGUAACGGCUUUGCCUAUGGAUACCCAGAAUCUCAUAAUGUACAGCCUACUUCAACAGCCAUGAUUAACGAUCCAAACUAUCGCAACCAAUUUCAGCACCCAAUGCCAACUUCAAUGUAUACGCCAUUUAAUAAUACUCCGCCUAUGCUUUCUCAACCUCAACCUCCUUCUUAUGGAGACAGACCACCACCACCACCACCACCGCCAACGUCACAAACCUCUCAACGGGGCCCUUACCAUACAUCAGAAUUUACUCACCCAUCUGCAGAGCCGUCCCAAGGAGCUACGCCAACGCCUGCACCAUCAACACACUCUGUAACUUCGUACGGCCAUCCCAGCAACGGUCAUCGCUAUGACGAGCACUUUAUGAGGAGAAACGAUAGUAGCAGUAUCGGUGAUGAUAAAAGGAUUAACACCUAUUUCAAUCCAGAAGAUUAUUUAAACGGCAGCAAGAAAAGACCAACCCCUUUCUUACACGAUAAUAGAUAUUUGGAUUACAACUAUAGCCCAUUAACAGCUUGUUUUCGACGUGUGCUUGCGGGUAAACGUAUUGCACCGCAUUGGGUACGACGGACCAUAGCAUGCAGGAAUGUUGAAGAGUGCAUGCGCGAGUGCGGGCGCGAAAAACGCUUUACCUGCGAAGGCUUCAAUUAUCGUCUCGAUCCUUCCGGAUCAGGUCAGGGCGAUUGCGAGCUAAUUGAAAUACCUUUGUCUCAAAUCGAUUUAUAUUCAAGCCCAAAUCGUCGUGAUACGAAUCUGUUAAGACAUCCUGAUUAUGAUUAUUAUGAGCGAGAUCGAAAUGCGCCGCCCAGUUGUCGUUAUAGUCUAUGUAAAGAAUGCAAAACACCACAGCAUUAUAAUCGGCCAGGAGAUGGUUGGAGAAGUAAGCCGCAUAGGGAAGAAUAUUAUAUAUCUUCGUCAGGACCAAGUAGCGGUAGCGGUUUUUACAGCAAACCGAUAAGCAGCACUUCACCAGAACAUUAUCAUACGUCUGGUCCAUCGGGACCAUCACCGCCUUCCUCAGUACAUUCUUAUGAACGUCAUAGUAGCAGUAUUGGUUCUUAUGAGUUCUCUUCACAUGGCUCGAAUUAUUAUGAUCACAGUUCUCCUAGCGGUUACGGCAGUAGUGGUAGUGGACCGAGUUCUAUUCCUAUCGAACCCGUCGAUCGUUAUGAUCGUUAUCGUCCCGGACACAACUAUCAUCGUUGGGAGACAAUACCGAGCAGCAGUGGCUACGAUAAUACGAAAUAUUCUACCAGCGGCAGUUAUAGACCUCCAUAUAGACCAGGAUCGCAAUAUUCACCCUAUCGGCCAGAUACCUAUCAUCCUCGUCUUCAUAACUAUUUAGAUUAUGACCAUUCAACAAGUUUGUCUUAUAAAAAGACGGGAGGAAAUAAAUUCGUGCCUUACUCGAUAGGAAGCAGUAAUGAAUGGGGCUCUUAUGGCGGCAGCUACGGUGGCAGCGAUAAUAAGCAAAAUUUGUAUUGGGGUUUGGGCGACCAUCAACGCGCAGAUCGUCACAAAUACUUAGGAGACUUUAACUAUUUUAAACUUGGAUUACCGCCAAGAAGGAGUGAUACGUCGCAUGAAACAAACUCCAUAUUAAGUUAUCCCGGUUCAAGUUACGGUAGCUAUGCUAGCAGUAAAUAUGAUAAUUAUCAUGAUCGCCAUGACUAUAAACAUCAGUGGACUCGUAGACCAGGGCCAGAUGAAUGUUCCGCAAAGACAUCGGAAGGUUUUCGUUUGCACAAAAAAGUUGUAAAACACAUUUACUCGGUACCUACGCUAACCGAAUGUGAACGCCUUUGUUCCGGCCAAGAUACAUUUGUAUGUCACACUUACAGUUAUCGAUAUUCACCGGCAAGUCGAGACAAUUGUCUUUUAUGCGAUCGCCCCAUUAAUCGAUUGGAUUAUUAUGUGGACAUAGAACCGGAUCGUGAUUACGACAUCUACUCUAUGGCUGAUGAUGUGCAAGUAUGUCGUCAAUUGACACCGGGUGAUAAUAGUCGAGGUACAAGUAGCACUUCAGCUACAGCCUUACCUGAUCCCAGAAAUGCUCAAUGUUUUUUCCGUGCCAUUGACUCUACAAGAUUUUACAAGUCUAUUGUUCGAGAUUCUCUGACCGUUAGAACGGUGGGGGAAUGUGAAAUGGAAUGCAUAAAAUCGAUCAAAUUCACAUGUCGUGCCUUCGCUUAUCGUUACGGUCAUCAGAAGCAUUCAGGUAUCAUAGACAAUUGCCAACUUAGCGAUUGGCCAGUAAGAGAUAUGGAUAAGGAACGUCAUCUUAUAUUAGAUACCGCCUUCGAUAUAUUUGAACGCGCCAGUUAUGGUCAUGGUUGUGAAAUUCAACCGAUUGUCGAUAAUAAACACAAUAAAAAAUCGGUGUGCUAUUUGGGUUAUGGAUCACCUGCUAAACUGCUAACCGCAGCUAUUAAAAAGGUCAUAACCGUGCCUAGCGAAUUAGAAUGUAAACGAGAAUGCACACGUUUUCGUGACACCACACCAUUCAAAUGCUACUCGUUCAGUUAUGGAUCACGCAAGAAUACAUUAAAUUGUGAGAUGUCCGAUCUGGAUCAAACGGAACUUAAAUUGAAUUUACAUUACGCGUCUACAGGCGAUAGAGAUUUUUGGCUAUUUGCUUGGAAUCCUUUUGAUUAUACAUGUCGGGACAAGGUCACCACCGUGGGCGGGGCUGGAGGACGAGUGAACAACAAUCGUCGUAUGGAUAUUUUUAAAGAGACGGGUGAUUUAUCUUGGCGCCAUUAUUCGGUAUCAGGCAAAGCCUGUCGUCGUAGUAGUCCCUGUGAAAAGAAUCUAAUAACCAGCUUUUAUUCUUGUGAAAUUGAUGGCGGUGAGAUUGGUUCUUGGGAUUAUUGUUGCAAGAGCGAUCAUCCCUGCGGCUAUUCUCAGGGCUUUGACUACCCUUGGUGCUUUGUUGGCGAUGAACCGGAUCAAUGGCGUAAAUGUAGUGAUCGCUAUUAUCCUGGUAAUCAUACCAGCACAUUAACUCAUUCCGGUUACACGAUCAAGCCCUCAACGCAUAAACGUAAGCCUAUCAGCGAUAGUCAUUCCAGUGCUUCCACUUCCGAGGAAUUUCAAAAGCCGGGCCGUCCAAAUGAUUUACAAAGUUUAAGUGAUUUUGCUGCUGCUCGUCUAUGGCCCGUAACGUAUUUGUAUAGUGAAGGCCCGCCUAAUUCGACCGAAUUUAGUAAUUUCGUAGAUUGCAAUAAAGAAACAUGUUAAACUUAAUUUUUCUAGCACUAUUUUUAGCUUUCAGUUUAAGGUUAGAGACAGUGUAUUGUGAUUCCAGUAAGUGAAGAGACAACAAAUUGAAAUUUUCGUAAUUUAAGUAUUACUUGUAAGUUAGACUACUUAACAUAAAUUAAAAGUGAAAUUGUAACCAAAAACGGAAAAAAGAAAGAGCAAAAUUAAUUACUUUGUAUUUCUUAAGAAAGAACAUCACUGCAGUUUCCGCAGCGAAUUAAGUAAAAACGUUUCUAUGUAAACUUUUCAGCAGCGAUACGAAAGGUAAC